ACACUUCCCAUAAUCACGACUCUCAUCUUUGUCUCUUUCAAAAAAAGGUUUCUACUGACUAUUAUGUAAACAAAACAAUAUUUCUGUGGGGUCUUUCUCCUUAAUGUUAUAUAUAUAUAGUAAAGCCAUUGUUUUGUUAAAACAAAGCUUAUAUCUUUGAUGCUUGAAUUAAAGUUAAGCAAUGGUGAAGAAAUGGGUUGUUUUUACUCUCAUUUUUUUGGUUCUUUUUAAUGGGUUUUCUUCAGUUUCUGCUACCCCACCUGCAAAAAUUGUAACUUCAGUUGUUUCAAAUGUGGUGUCUGUUCUUGUUAAAUGGCUAUUGUCACUAAAAUCAGAGCCUAAAACAGCUGUUUCAACCCGUUCAAUGAUGAAAUUUGAAAGUGGAUACACUGUGGAAACAGUUUUUGAUGGAAGUAAGCUUGGGAUUGAACCAUUCUCUGUUGAAGUUUCCCCUAAUGGAGAACUCUUGGUAUUGGAUGCUGAAAAUAGUAACAUUUACAAGAUUUCAAUGCCAUUGUCUAGGUAUAGCAGACCUAAGUUGGUUGCUGGAUCAUCCGAAGGGUACUCGGGGCACGUAGAUGGGAAACCACGAGAAGCUAGAAUGAAUCACCCGAAAGGGCUCACGGUGGAUGACAGUGGAAAUAUAUACAUCGCAGACACGAUGAAUAUGGCUAUCAGAAAGAUCAGCGAAUCAGGGGUUACAACUAUUGCUGGAGGAGGAAAAUGGAGCAGAGGAGGAGGCCAUGUUGAUGGUCCGAGUGAAGAUGCAAAAUUUUCGAAUGAUUUUGAUGUGGUUUACAUUGGAAGUAGUUGCUCUCUCUUGGUUGUAGAUAGAGGAAACCUGGCCAUCCGGGAGAUUCAACUAAAUGAUGAUGAUUGUUCGUAUCAGUAUGAUGGCAGUUUUCAUUUAGGUAUAGCAGUGCUUGUUGCUGCUGCCUUCUUCGGUUACAUGCUCGCCUUGCUACAGCGUAGGGUACAAGCAAUGUUCUCUUCCCAUGAUGAUUCGAGAACUCCAAUAAAGAGAGGAGCUAUGGUGGCACCUAUGGCACCGUAUCAAAGGCCUCCUAAAUCAGUGAGGCCUCCAUUAAUUCCUGCCGAAGAUGAACCAGAAAAAGUGGAAGAGGGCUUCUUUGGUUCAAUUGGUAGGCUUGUCCUUAAUACGGGUUCGACCAUGGCUGAAAUAUUCGGGGGAUUAUUUUCUGGAUUCAGAAGGAAGCCUCAGUAUUAUCAGCUUCAACAUCAGUACCAGCAGCCAACCAUGCAUUCAAGAGGAUGGCCUAUGCAAGAGAGCUUUGUCAUUCCCGAUGAAGAUGAGCCCCCGUCCUUAGAUACUCGAACACCAACACCGAAGAGAAGUUACCCAUUUCCGGCGAAAGACCUUGAAAGAAAACACCAUGUCAAGCAAAGCAGGCCUCACUAUAAUGGAUGGGAUGCUGAUUAUCCGCAACAGCAGCAAAUGCAGACGCAUCAACAUCAUCGACAGCCACCACCACAGCAGCAGCAGCCGCAGCAACAACAGCGUCUGCAGAAGCAUUAUUCAACAAAUUCACAAACAUAUUAUGAGAAGAACUGUGAGACAAACGAGAUUGUUUUCGGGGCAGUUCAAGAACAGGAUGGAAGGCGUGAAGCCGUGGUGAUAAAGGCCGUAGACUACGGGGAUACGACUUAUAGUCAUCAUAACCUUCGACCUCGUUUGAAUUAUAUGGGAUACUCCCAUGGCUAUUGACCAUCUGGCUUAUAACUUUACUCAUAAUCAAAUGACAGCAGAACAAAAGAAGUUUCAAAGUUCAUAUCUAUGCUAUGAACAUGGGGAGAUGUAGGACUAUGGAUGAUGAAGGUUUUUUUUUUUUUUACUUGGGAUAUGUUAGUUUCCAUGUUUGUUUACAUAGAAGGAUGUAAAAUAUGUUUUUCUGUUUGAUCUAUAAAUCAAGAGAACCCUUUAGAUUUUCUUUUUCAUUUGAAAUUGGUUUGAUUUUUGUUAGAAUAGUGUUGGAUAUUUGAGUUGAUAUAUUUAGUUGGUUAAAUUCUGCUA